UACGCUUACAGUUUUGUGCUCUCCACGUAAAGCCAAAGAAGCUCUUCUCCCUCUUUCUUUCUCGUCUAUUUUCUCAUUCUGUCUUGUUGCUUCUCUCUCUCUCUCUCUCUCUCUCUCUCUCUCUCUCUCUCUUCUAUCUACUAGUCUCACAGAAACCCUAGCUUUUUGCUCGUAAUCCACAAGAGGAAAAACCCUGUACAUGGAUAUUGAAGAGGAGAUUCGAUCAUUACAGCUUGAGCCGGCAGCAGAAGACAAUGGUGUUGUUAAUCCAGAAGAGGCUAAGCAUGAAGAAGUUGAGAGAUCUGAUGAAAUGGAGGAAGUUUCAGAUUCAAAGGAGAAGGUUGAAACACAUUCCACUGGGUCAGCCCAAGUUGAUCAAAAAGUGAAAGAGAAAGAUAUUCCUCCCCUAGAGGAUGAUCUAGAGGAGAUGGAAUUAGAUAGGAAGAGACACUUGAAUGUUGUAUUCAUUGGUCAUGUGGAUGCUGGUAAGUCCACCACUGGAGGCCAGAUACUUUUCCUUAGUGGACAGGUUGAUGACCGAACAAUCCAAAAAUAUGAAAAAGAAGCAAAGGAUAAAAGUAGGGAAAGCUGGUAUAUGGCAUAUAUUAUGGACACCAAUGAAGAGGAGAGGGUUAAGGGAAAAACAGUUGAAGUUGGACGAGCACAUUUUGAAACAGAGACAACUAGAUUUACAAUUUUGGAUGCACCAGGUCACAAGAGUUAUGUCCCAAAUAUGAUUAGUGGUGCAUCUCAAGCUGAUAUUGGAGUACUUGUUAUUUCUGCUCGAAAAGGAGAAUUUGAAACUGGGUAUGAGAGAGGUGGACAGACCCGUGAACAUGUCCAGCUUGCAAAAACUUUGGGUGUCUCUAAGCUGCUUGUUGUCGUGAAUAAAAUGGAUGAUCCUACAGUGAAUUGGUCUAAAGAAAGGUACGAUGAAAUUGAGUCAAAGAUGAUACCAUUUCUGAAGUCAUCCGGCUACAAUGUGAAAAAAGAUGUCCAGUUCCUGCCAAUAUCUGGCCUGCUGGGUACAAACAUGAAAACUAGAGUUGAUAAUAAAUCAUGUCCAUGGUGGACUGGUCCCUGCCUCUUUGAAGCCCUUGACUCCAUUGAAAUUACUCCACGAGAUCCAAACGGUCCAUUCAGGAUGCCUAUUAUAGACAAAUUUAAAGACAUGGGAACUGUUGUUAUGGGCAAAGUAGAGUCCGGUAGCAUUUGUGAAGGUGAUUCACUGUUGGUGAUGCCAAAUAAGGCUCAAGUGAAAGUUGUUGCUGUAUACUGUGAUGAAGAUAAGGUCAGACGUGCAGGACCUGGAGAAAAUCUACGAGUUAGGUUAUCAGGAAUUGAGGAAGAGGAUAUAAUCUCGGGUUUUGUUUUAUCAAGUGUUGCAAAACCAAUACCUGCUGUUACUGAGUUUCUUGCCCAGCUGCAGAUCCUUGAAUUGCUGGAUAAUGCAAUCUUUACAGCUGGCUAUAAGGCUGUCUUGCACAUUCAUGCUGUUGUUGAAGAGUGUGAGAUUGUUGAGCUGUUACAGCAGAUUGAUCCAAGGACAAGGAGACCAAUGAAAAAGAAAAUUCUCUUUGUGAAGAAUGGUGCUGUUGUUGUAUGCCGGAUUCAGGUGAAUAAUAUGAUAUGUAUUGAGAAGUUCUCAGAGUUUGCGCAGCUUGGAAGGUUUACGCUUCGUACUGAAGGAAAAACAGUUGCAGUUGGGAAAGUCACUGAUCUUGCUUGAGAUUCUUAAACAAUUUUGACAUGAGAGGCAAAGAGUUAGCAAGACACAGAUUCCUAGUGGCGGCGUCAAAAGGUGUCCAAAUUAUACAACGUAGUCUGCAACUCUUUAGAGAUGUACCGAUUCUGGUAGUUUCUUUACAUAGCUUGUAGAGUGAUGAGGUCAUUAAGUGUUGCUGGUUACGGUAUAUUAUGGGGCUUUUGAUGGGCAAAGAUUGCUUUUAUUGGCAAUUUAGGUGUGGGUUUGGCCUUAUCACCCAUUAUCAUUCUUACAUACUACACUGUAUUAUGCUCUUUAUGGUUUUCCAUCACUCUAUUUUUGAAGUAGAGUGAUAGCUCAUUUUUAUUUUGUCCUAGCCACAGUUGUAUUUGGAGAAAAAGAAAAUGAAAAAUAUAGAGAUUUAUGAGA